AUGGCUGAAAACGUUCCCGACGAGGACUCCACCGUGAUGGCGCGGCUGCGCGAAGCCGGCACGGUGUUGCUGGGCAAACUGAACAUGAGCGAAUACGCCAGCGGAGACGCUUUUCGCCACCCUUACGGUCGCCCGCGUAAUCCCUGGAACACCGGCCGGAACCCUGGUACCAGUAGCAGCGGGUCGGGCGCAGCCACAGCAGCGUUCCUGUGCGCCACAUCGCUGGGAGAAGAUACGGGUGGCAGCAUUCGGGGGCCGGCGGCGUUCUGCGGACUGGUGGGCAUCCGGCCAACCUUCGGCCGGGUCAGCCGCCACGGUGUCUUUGGCGCCAGCUGGUCCAUGGACACCGUAGGGCCGAUCUCCCGCACGGUUACGGAUUGUGCACACACGCUGGCCGCCAUCGCGGGCCAUGAUCCCAAAGACCCGCAAACCUGGGACGUGCCGGUGCCAGAUUACGCCGCCGAACUCGGUGGUGGCAUAAAUGGCUUGAAAGUUGGGCUGAUUACGGAACGCGUGCACACUGAGGCCAACGACCCGGAGGUUCGGGAUGCCGUUAUCGCCGCGGCUGCGGUGCUGGCCGGACUCGGCGCCGAGGUUCGUGAAGUGUCGUUGCCGCUGAUCGUCAACUCGUCGGAAAUCUCUUACGGAAUCAUCAGCAGCGAUGCGGCAAUGCUUAACUGGGACAUCAUAUCCACCGAGCGGUUGCGCGAACUUGACCACAACAAUCAGGUGCGCCUGCUGAUGGGCAGCAUUUUGCCGGCCAAGGUUUACCAGAAGUCGAUGCGAUUGCGGGAAAUCUUGCGGCGACAAAUACUGGCUGAGCUGGAACAGGUUGACGUGUUGGUGAUGCCCGCGUCGUCGGUGCCGGCCACACCCAUUCCCGAAGCGGCCGGCCUGGGUACGAAAGAGGAUGUCAUCGCCGGGUUCAAAGGUCGGCGUGGGUUCACCGCGCCAUUCAACCUGGCCAAUCUCCCCGCGCUGUCGAUCAACUGCGGUUUUACCACUGAUGGCUUACCAAUCGGUCUGCAAAUCGCCGGCAAAGCCUUCGACGAAUCAACCAUUUUCCGAGCCGCCUACGCCUUCGAACAAGCCACCGACUGGGCGCAGGCCGCCGCCGCCAUCGCCGGUGGCCAACUGACCGCUACCGCAUUGGCUGAAACCUGUCUGAAUCGUAUCGAGACGCUGAAUGCCAGGCUCAAAGCAUGGGUGUAUGUUGACCGCGACGCGGUGUUAGCCGACGCUCGCGCCGCCGACCAGGCGGUGUCGGAUGGCAAUCCCCUGGGACCGCUGCACGGUGUGCCGGUCGGCCUCAAGGAUAUCUACUAUACGGCCAACAUUCCGACCCGGGCGGGCAGCGAAGUGUACAAAGACUUCGUGCCCGACUUCGAUGCCACAUCGCUGACGCUGUUGAGACACGCCGGCGCGGUGAUGCUGGGGAAGGCAGUUACGACCGAAUUUGCCUGUCUGGAUCCAUCGCCGACGGUGAAUCCGUGGAACGCGGCACACACGCCGGGCGGCAGCAGCAGCGGGUCGGCGGUGGCGGUGGCUUCCCGGAUGUGUCCGGCGGCGCUGGGUUCGCAGACGGUUGGCUCGGUGCUGCGGCCGGCGGCCUACAAUGGGGUGGUGGGCUUCAAGCCGACCUUCGGACGCGUCAGCAGAUAUGGCGUUGUUCCCGUGAGCUGGAAUCUGGACACCGUUGGCUGGUUGGUGCGCACCGUCGAAGAUGCGGCGCUUUUGUUGCAGGUAAUGGCCGGCCCCGACCUCAAUGACCCGGUUUCAUCCCACGAACCCAUUGGUGAUUAUCUGUCUGCAAUUGUGAAUCCGCCGGCGCCGCGCGUUGGUAUGCUGCGCCGGUACUUUUACGAGGGAGCCGAUGCAGAAACCCGCCGUCAUUUGGAUGCAGUAGCCGAGCAGUUGUCGCAGGCCGGCGCCGAGAUUGAGGAACUGCCCAUGCCGCCGAGUAUCGACACGGCGUUCGACGACCAGCGCCUGAUAAUGUCGGUGGAAGCGGCGGCGUUCCAUGAACCAAUGUAUCGGGUGCAGGCUGAGGAUUAUCAACCCAAGUUGCGCGCCAUGCUGGCGCAGGGUCUGGAAGUUGACGGCGUCAUGUACUCGCGGGCGUUGGAAAACCGUCGCCAGUUCACCGUGGACAUGGAACAGCUCGCCCAGCAAUGCGAUGUCCUGUUGACUCCUGCCACUCCAUCUCCGCCCCAGGCCGACGUUACCAACACCGGCGAUCCGGCUUUCCAGGGCCCGUGGACAUCCUGCGGUUUGCCCGCCAUUGCUCUGCCGUCAGGCAUCGCUGAAUCCGGUUUGCCGCUGGCAAUACAACUGGUGGCAUCACCGUUCGCGGAGGCCCGAUUGCUGGGAGCGGCGGCGUGGUGUGAAUCGGUGUUAAACAUGCAACUCAGCCCGCCGCUAUAA